AGAGAGAGAGAGAGAGAGAGAGAGAGAGGUGAAGAAAAAAAUCGGACAUACAAAUACCAAAAGAAGAAGACAGCUUCCUCUUUAAUUUUUUUGUAUGUUAUUUUGUUUUCUUAACUAACAAACGCGCACAGGAAAUGGAGGGUGGGGCUCAGCCGGCGGACACCGUGAUGUCGGAGGCGGAGCCGCCGCCUCCUUCCCAGCAGCAUCAGCAACCCCCGCCGCCCGAUCGAUCCAUACCCGCCACGCUCUCCCACGGAGGCCGAUUUAUCCAAUACAAUAUCUUCGGCAACAUCUUCGAGGUCACCUCUAAAUACAAACCCCCAAUCAUGCCCAUCGGCAAAGGCGCGUACGGCAUCGUUUGUUCGGCUUUGAAUUCCGAGACGAACGAGCAUGUGGCGUUGAAGAAGAUAGCAAAUGCUUUUGAUAAUAAAAUUGAUGCCAAGAGGACUCUGCGUGAGAUCAAGCUUCUUCGGCACAUGGAUCAUGAGAACGUGGUCGCAAUCAGAGAUAUAAUCCCACCACCUCAGAGGGAAGCAUUUAAUGAUGUUUAUAUUGCAUAUGAACUUAUGGAUACUGACCUCCACCAAAUCAUACGAUCUAAUCAAGCAUUGUCCGAGGAGCACUGUCAGUAUUUCUUGUAUCAGAUUCUCCGGGGGUUGAAGUAUAUACACUCAGCGAAUGUUCUCCACAGGGACUUGAAACCUAGCAAUCUUCUACUGAAUGCAAAUUGUGACCUAAAGAUAUGUGAUUUUGGAUUGGCACGUGUCACAUCUGAAACUGAUUUCAUGACAGAAUAUGUUGUUACAAGGUGGUAUCGGGCGCCGGAGUUAUUGUUAAAUUCAUCUGAUUAUACUGCAGCCAUUGAUGUAUGGUCAGUCGGGUGCAUUUUCAUGGAAUUGAUGGAUCGGAAGCCAUUGUUUCCGGGUAGGGAUCAUGUCCACCAGUUGCGCCUUCUAAUGGAGCUGAUUGGCACCCCAUCUGAAGCCGAGUUGGGGUUUCUGAAUGAAAAUGCCAAAAGAUACAUCAGGCAACUCCCUCCUUAUCGCCGACAAUCAUUUACUGAAAAGUUUCCUCAGGUGCACCCUCUUGCCAUUGAUCUCGUUGAGAAGAUGCUGACUUUUGAUCCUAGGCAAAGGAUUACAGUUGAAGAUGCAUUAGCCCAUCCUUACCUGAACUCACUACAUGACAUCAGCGACGAGCCCGUUUGCACAACUCCUUUUAGCUUUGACUUUGAACAACAUGCAUUGACUGAAGAACAGAUGAAGGAGCUGAUUUACCGCGAGGCUCUUGCAUUCAAUCCCGAAUACCAGCAGAUGUGAAAGAAUCUAUCAGCAAAUUGUUUGUGGAUUUUUCAAGUAGUGUGGUGCCGUGUUGUAUGCGAUCAAUUUCAUGUAUAUAUUGAUCCAUUCAAAAACUGGACCGACUUUCGUUUUAGAACAUGGAUGAAUUCCUAAGUUAGACAUGGAUAUUUAGACUGUGUUCUUAAAGUGUCUAGCCCGCAAAGGAUGUUGCGGUGAUGAAUGGUGGAGUUAUGGGGAGGAAACAACUGACAUGUUUGUGUGGGUAGUUUGCCUUGUAUUCUCUUUUUAUCGAAAUAUUUUCUGGUAAAAUGACAACUCCAGAUUUGUAUGCA